AUGCCGCCACAAAUAACAGCAGCACGCCCCAGCCGAGGCACACCAAGCGGCACCAGUGGUUUUCGAGGCACAGGUGCGUUUAAGCCACCAAGGCCUGUCGCAGGGGCAGCAGGCGCUGGCGCGACGGCUAGGACAGCAGCAGCAAAAGACACGGCUCGGAGUCGGCAACCGGUCGAUGUCGAGAUUAGCGACGGUGACAACGAUGGCAAGCGCGACACACGGGAGCAAGAGCCGGACGAGAUGGAGGACGACAACGACGUUGACGAGCUCGAGCGGAGCCGAAUCAGCAGUAGCAGCGCCAGGCGGCGACGAACGGUUGACCAGUUCCGGGACGAUGCCGACGAUGCUGCUGGUGGUGCCGCCACCGACGUGGCCACAGACAACGACGACGACGAUGACGACCCAACAGCGCAUGCGAACAAGUCACUGCCGCCGGCUCUGUUAGCACGAUUGCUGCAUCACUUCUUCCAGAACCCAAACGGGACAGCGACGCGGUUGACGCAAGACGCACACGCAUCGGUCAACAAGUAUAUGGAGAUUUUUAUUCGUGAGGCGGUGGCGCGGUCCGUGGCCGAGCGUGGCAACGGGGCGUUUCUGGAUAAGGUUGCUGGCCAGCUGAUUAUGGACAUGUAA